UCGGGAUUUCCCCUCAAAUCAUAUGCAGCUGUGCUCUCUAUAAAAUUGUUGGCUGUUUUUAGCUGGCCAGCUAGCUAGCUAGAUCUAGCUGCAUGCUAUGGAGGAUACUGAUGGUGAAGAGAAGCUUCCAACAGAAGACCAACUGCAGCUGUACUUGUGGCAGAGAGCAUCAUUCAUUGAAACUGGUCAUGGUCCAAGUGAUAAGGCAGACUCUCUGAGGCUGAAGCUGGCACAACUGAGUUACUAUACUUUUAAAAAGAAGGAUGAUGGUGAAGAGACUGCCCACCUGGACAGUCUGAGUGAGAGUAUGCUCGAGGAGUAUGGCCAGGUUAUGGAUGAGAGAGAUGAGAGCAAGGGAUUAAACAACUACUCUACAGCUGUAACGACUCUUGCAGCUGGACAUGAAAAUGACAUUAAGACAUGGAAAUCUGAAUUAUCACUAGAGUCAGUAAUGGAAAUGCCAGAGCUAAAAGCAUUGCUAAAUCAACAAAAAGAGUCUUUUUUGCAGAAAGCAAUACCUAUACUGAAACGUCGUGUACCCUUUUGCCACCCCCUUGUCACCACUGUACCUUCCCAUUCAGUAAACACCACAAAUCAAGAAGCACAGAUAAACACUCAGUCGCCUUUCCAGAUAGGAUCUCCAUCUUACCCUAUCAACGUAUUACAUGACAUACAUGGUGGCAACAAAAACACUAGUAAUCAAGUCACUCACAGGCCAGGCCCAGUCGUCAUCCCAGGAUGGAAAGUAGCCAAGCCUUCUCAGAAAGACGAGUUUCGGGGAGCCAAGCGACUCAGGAGGGAAAAAUCUGAGGAUGAUAUGGGGGAGGAGCCGAGGGAACAGGCCUUCAUCACUGCAGGCGAUCAAUAUCAAAUCAACCAGCAGAAGAAAUUUGGAGGUGGUGGUGGAGGAAGGGCUGUCGCUGGCACCAGUUAUGGCACCUCCAAACGAUCUCUUGGAACUAGACGCACAGCUGGAAGCAGGUUUGUACCUCCUGUGAAACAAGAUGGUAGUGACAGUGGUUCUGGAUCAAACUUUUCAAUUCAUGUAACGUCAAAAGUGAUGUCACAUUGUGGGUCCAAUUCUGAAGGAAGCCAACUUCCUCCUGAACUGGAGGGAAAUGAGCGGCUCAAGAGUAUUGAGCCAAGGAUGGUAGAGCUCAUUCUGAAUGAGAUUAUGGACAGCAGUGCCCCUGUACAAUGGGAUGACAUUGCUGGCCUCCAUUUCGCCAAGGAGUCUAUCAAGGAGAUAGUAGUGUGGCCAAUGAUGAGACCGGACUUAUUCACUGGUUUGCGUGGUCCUCCUAAAGGUAUCCUAUUGUUUGGUCCACCUGGUACUGGCAAGACUCUUAUAGGAAAGUGUAUAGCAAGUCAGGUGCAGGCAACAUUCUUCAGUAUCAGCGCUUCUUCUCUCACAUCAAAAUGGAUUGGUGAGGGAGAGAAGAUGGUACGAGCCCUGUUUGCUGUGGCUCGGUGCUACCAACCAGCGGUGGUAUUUAUUGAUGAGAUAGACUCCCUCCUCUCUCAGAGAAGUGACACUGAGCACGAGUCCUCAAGGCGAAUCAAAACUGAGUUUCUAGUUCAGCUGGAUGGGGCAACAACUUGUUCUGACGACAGGCUACUGGUUAUCGGCGCCACUAACAGACCCCAGGAAAUAGACGAAGCAGCACGGAGAAGAUUGGUGAAGAGGCUUUAUAUCCCAUUGCCUGAUGGGCCUGCUAGAAAGCAGAUCAUCACUAACCUUAUGAAACAGCAACCAUCCUCAUUGUCACAAGCUGAUAUUGAAGAGAUCUCGACUAAAUCUGAAGGGUACUCUGGGGCUGACAUGACAAACCUUUGUCGAGAGGCAGCAUAUGGACCAGUGAGAGAAGCUGCAGGAAGUCUGCAGCACAUUAGAGCUGAAGAGAUGCGCCCAGUGAACAUUGAUGACUUUGAAGCAGCUGUAAGAGCUGUAAAACCUAGCGUUUCAGCAAAAGACUUGGACCUUUACCUGGACUGGAAUAGGCAAUUUGGUUGCGGAAAAUGAACCAAUUACUGUAUCAUUGUAUAUAACGUACGUAUAACAUGGUAUAAUAAUAGUGUUACAGUUGUAUUCAAUAAUAGUGUUAUAGUUGUAUUCAAUAAUAGUGUUCAGACUGGAAUUUGGUCUUUGUUC